CAUGGAGGUUUUUCCGUCCCUCGCCGAGCUGCAGAGGACUGCUUCCCUCCAUUGGAUUAUACGCAGCAGAGGCCUUCACAAGAGCUUGUAGCAAAGGAUCUCCAUGGCUUUGAGUGGAGAUUUAGACAUAUCUACCGUGGGCAACCACGAAGGCAUUUGCUCACUACUGGAUGGAGUGCAUUUGUAAAUAAGAAGAAACUUGUCUCUGGAGAUGCUGUGCUCUUUCUUAGGGGUGAGGAUGGAGAACUGAGGCUGGGAAUCCGAAGAGCUGCGCAAGUAAAAUGUGGUGCUACUUUUCCUAUUCCAGCUCUAUGUAGUCGACAGUUGAGUCAUAGCACUCUCACAGAUGUGGUUAAUGCUAUAUCUAUGAGAAGUGUUUUCAAUAUUUCCUACAAUCCAAGGGCCAGCUCAUCAGAGUUCAUAAUACCCUUCCACAAGUUCUUGAAGAGCCUUGAUCAUUCUUUCUCUAUUGGAAUGAGAUUCAAAAUGCGUUUUGAAACGGAAGAUGCAGCAGAAAGAAGAUACAUGGGUAUAGUAACUGGAAUCAGUGACCAAGAUCCUGCUAGGUGGUCUGGUUCAAAAUGGAAGUGCCUUGUGGUAAGAUGGGAUGAUAUGGAAACUAGCAAGCAGAGCAGGGUUUCUCCUUGGGAAAUUGAGCCAUCUGGUCCUGUUUCCAGUUCCACCAAUUUUUUUGCACCUGGUUUGAAGAGGAGCAGGUCUGGGUUGCCUUCGUCAAAGCCAGAAUUUCCAGUUCCUGAUGGGAUUGGUGUAUCAGACUUUGGGGAAUCUUCAAGGUUCCAGAAGGUCUUGCAAGGUCAAGAAAUUUUGAGUUUUAACACUCUUUAUGAUGGUGUUGAUCCGAAUCGACAUCCAUCUGAGGCAAGGAGGUGUUUUCCUGUCUCACACAGUUCUAGGCUUCCUGCAUCAAGGAAUGGUGCCAAAGAUCUGGUUGUGAACUCUGAUGUUUCCUAUAAAGGCAUAGGCUUUAGUGAAUCUUUUAGAUUCAACGAGGUCUUGCAAGGUCAAGAAAUAAUUCCAAGUUUGCCAUUUGGACGAGGCCUAAAAACUAAUGAGGCUUGUGAAAAUGGUUUCUUUGGGGUCUCUGAUGGUGUUCAAAUGUCAAAUUCAAGAAAUGGAUGGUCUACUGUGAUGCAGGGUUAUAGUACUCAUAUACGUCCACCCGCACAGGUAUCCUCACCAUCAUCAGUAUUAAUGUUCCAGCAAGCAAGCAAUCUAGUUUCAAACCCAAGUCCCAUGUAUGAUUUUCAUGGUCAGGAGAAGCAGGGAGUUAGCACUCAUAGUUGGUUUCAUAAUCCUGAAACAUGUGGUGAAAAACACAUUUUUUCCUCACAUUCUGAUCGUAUUUCCAGAAGAGAUGAUCAGCGGGGCAUGGGUUCUUUCAGUCUUUCUCAUGAUCAUAAUCAACAUGGCAUUUUACAGCCUCUUGUAGCUCAGUCACCAUUUAGAGGUAGUCAAGAUUUGGUAUCCUCUUGUAAAAGCAGCUGCAGACUCUUUGGUUUCCAGUUGACAGAGGAUAGGCAUGUCACUAAUAAAGACAACAAUCCCCUUCCUAUGACAUCUCUGAAUCCUGGAUCUUCUUUUCUGCCCCGUGUUGGAGAGCCAUUCCGCCCAAAGCCUCCAGCAAUAACCAAUGCAGUUGGAAACAACUGUACUAAAGGAAUUCUGCAACAGCAAACCUGAAACUGUCAUAUACACUGAAGAUCGUGUAGUCACAUCUGGUCUGAGGCUGCAGAAAAGAAUGCCUACAGUUGCUUUGAUAAUACACAUUAGCUUCUGAGGAAAAAAAAAAUUGUAAUUAAUCUCUCCGAAGGUAACUCGGCUAUGUUCUAACUCCCUUGGCUUUGAAAAAGAGUAAUUUGUACUAAUCUAUUAGGUUCUUGGUGACAAUCAAUGUUCAAGAAUAGUCUAUUUAUCCUUUCUGGUUCAAUCUAACAUGGAGUAUUUGUAUUAAAAAUGACAUUUUACCAAGUACUUACCUAGCUCAUCAUAUCAUUUCUUCCAUUCUA